CUGAGCAUGUGACUUUGAUCUAGCAAAAGUCAGUCAAACGAUAUUGUUCAAGUGUUGUUUACAGAGCUCGGUGUUGAGUUGCCCUGCACUGAAGAGCCCAUAUGCUUGUUAUUUUGAGCACUUCACCCCCUACUCACGGGCAAUUAGGGAUGGGCAACAAGAACUAGCCCAGCCUGUGACACUCGCAUCCUGUGAGUGAAGGAAAACAAAACCCUUUGCUACACACAGUCACUGUUCCAAAAUCGACAGAUUCUUUCAUUAUAAUUGCCUCAGGGGAAUCGGAACAGAUUUCACACCCAGCACACUCCCCGCCGGCAGUGACCGACCAAGGACUGAAUAUAAAUUGGGCAGAUGUCAAAGUAUCUGUAGAGGAGCAAUAACCAACUGUGGACUGCAUUGGAAGAGGAUUAACAGGGGUCACAAGGAGCACUGGGACAUGGCAACACCAGCACAUGGUCAGCUCUGUCCAAACACCUACAGUUCCUACUGUCUUAAUGGAGGCACCUGUUACAUUCUAAGAACGUCCUAUCCAUUCUGCUGGUGCGAUAACAGUUUCCAAGGAAGCCGAUGUGAAGAGUUCCUGCUACCAAGCCGUCAAUCACGUAGGACUAUAAGUCCGUCAUUGAUCGUUGUUAUUGUGGUGGCCUUGAUUAUUGUAUUCUCUAUAGCACUCGGUGUAGCACACUUCUACUGCAGGAAAUGGAGACAAAAACGAAACAACCAGAGGAACACCAGCCUGUACUACACAGUGACGGCACGUAGAGCAAUCAACAUCAGGGAGAUCCUGUCGGUCAGAUCUGGCAUCAAAAAGCAAGAUGUGGAUUCCAGACCUGUUUAGACUCCCCGAGGAGGGCAUGUUUUAGAUUUGAAAACUGCAGUUUACUCUUGGCUGGCCUUGUAUCUUCCAGCCUUUAUAAACUGGAGCUCAUCCAAAACGCCACUGCCUAUAUCCUGACCUGCACCAAGUCCCAUUCACCCAUCACUUGGAUCAAACAGGAGACCUUCAAGCAACUGGAGAAAUUCUUAGCCCAGUUAAUAAAGCAGCGACUUUCUUUCUCAGUCUGGUAGAUUAUAAUUCAUCUUUAUAAUAUAGUCGUUCUUAACUUCUCCACUUUCUUCUGGCGUAUCAGAGUCUAUUCUCAACAGAAACAUUGC